AUGUCGGGCAGGCCCAACGGUAGUCCGCCCCCCUACGAGUCGGAUGGCUACGCCGAGCCACCUCAGCCGGCGUACUCGUACUACCCCGACGACGAAUUCCAGCACUUCUACCGCUGGACGUCCCCCCCGGGUGUGCUGAAGAUCAUGUCCAUCCUGGUCGUCGUCAUGUGCGUGGCCAUCUUCGCCUGCGUGGCCUCCACCCUGGCGUGGGACUCGCAGGGGGCGCUGUCGGGCUUCGGCGGGGUCGGCGGCGGCGGCGUAGGCGGCUAUCCGGGGAGCUACGCCGGGGGCGGCAGUUACGGCUCCUUCGGGGGCGGGGCCUACGGACCCGGCAACAGCUACGGCUACGGCGGGCUGGGCGGGAACUACAACGACCCGCGUUCGGCCAAAGGCUACAUCAUCGCCAUGGCGGCCAUCACUUUCAUCGCCGCGCUGGCCGUCUUCAUCAUCAUCGUGUCUCACCAGAGCAUCUCGGAGAGUAGGAGGUUCUACCUGGCCGUGGCGGUGAUCUGCGCCAUUUUGGCGCUGCUGAUGCUGAUCGCUGCCAUCGUCUACCUGAUGGCCGUCAACCCAACCGCGCAGUCGCAAGGCUCCGUCUACGGCAGCCAGAUUGCCGGCCUGUGCGCUCAAUACCAGCGGCCGCAAGCGCCGGGGGUCUUCGUCAAUCAGUACCUCUACCACUACUGCGUGGUGGAGCCGCAGGAGGCCAUCGCCGUAGUGUUUGGCUUUUUGGUGGCGGUCGCCCUUAUCAUCAUGGUGGUGUUUGCGGUCAAGACGCGCAAGAAGAUCAUCAACUAUGGCAAGAGCAACAUCCUAUGGAAGCGCGUCAAGGUGAUGGAGGACGGGGACCCCCCGCAGGACGUGGAAGCAUGGGUGAAUAACGUGUCUGUGCCGCCCGAAGAACUCCCCAUGGCCGAGUACCCGGAGAAGCCGAGGACUGACGAGGCCAGCGACUACAGCAAACCUCCAUUGUCAGAAUCGCCGGCAGAGGAGCUACCGGUGCGUAAUGGCGUUCCUUACAGCGCCGACUCGGACGUUCCCAGCUCGACCGGGAGGGCCAACAGGAGGCGCCGCGACCCAGACGCCGACUACGCCUCGUCCGGAGAUGAGCUGGAAGACGACGACGCAGACUUCUACAGCGAGUUCCCGCCCAUCGUCAAUGAGCAGGAGCGAAAUGAGUACAAGCGGGAGUUUGACCGCCACCAUCUGGAGUACAAAGACCUCCAGGCGGAACUGGACGCCAUCAACAAGAAACUCAGCGAAGUCGACCGAGAGCUGGACCGACUGCAGGACGGAAGCCCGCAGUACUUGGAUGCCUUGGACGAGUACAACAGGAUCAAGGACAUGAAAAAGUCGUCGGACUAUCGCGCCCGGAAGAGACGAAGCAAGUACCUAAAGGCCAAACUCAAUCACAUCAAGAAAAUGGUUGGGGACUACGACCGCAGGGCCUGA